ACAUGGGAAGAACCAUUUUUCUUCUCAUAUCUGUGGUGCUUGUAGCUUAUUAUAUUUAUAUACCUCUCCCAGAUGAUAUUGAAGAGCCUUGGAAAAUAAUAUUGGGAAAUACACUUCUAAAACUUGGAGGAGAUUUGGCUUCUUUUGGUGAACUUUUGGGAAUCAAUCAUUUCAUGGACACGCUACAGUUUUUUCUGAGAUUUCAAGAUGUCCCACCCACUUCUGAUGAGAAUGUCACUGUGAUGGAGACUGAUUUCAACAGUGUUCCUGUUCGCAUAUAUAUACCCAAAAGGAAGUCAACGACGCUCAGGAGGGGCUUGUUUUUUAUUCAUGGUGGUGGCUGGUGUCUGGGGAGUGCUGCUUACUUCAUGUAUGACACUCUGUCAAGACAGACUGCCCAUAGACUGGAUGCCGUUGUUGUGUCAACUGAAUAUGGCUUAGCCCCAAAAUACCAUUUUCCAAAACAGUUUGAAGAUGUAUAUCGUAGUUUACGAUGGUUCUUACAAGAGGACAUUCUUGAAAAAUAUGGUGUAGAUCCUAGAAGAGUUGGUGUGUCUGGGGACAGUGCUGGUGGAAACUUAGCUGCAGCUGUGACCCAACAGAUUCUACAGGAUCCAGAUGUCAAGAUCAAACUCAAGGUCCAAGCCUUAAUAUAUCCUGCCCUUCAGGCUCUUGAUAUGAAUGUACCAUCACAACAAGAAAAUUCACAAUACCCACUUUUAACCAGGUCAUUAUUGAUCCGUUUCUGGAGUGAAUACUUUAUUACAGACCGAGACCUUGAGAAAGCCAUGCUUCUCAACCAACAUGUACCUGUGGAAUUCAGCCAUUUGUUACAAUUUGUGAAUUGGAGUUCCUUGCUCCCUCAGAGAUAUAAGAAAGGUUACUUUUAUAAAACUCCUCCUCCUGGUAGUUCUGAGCUGGCUCAAAAGUACCCAGGGUUCACAGAUGUAAAGGCAUGCCCUCUGUUGGCCAAUGACAGUAUAUUACAUCAUUUACCUAUGACCUAUAUUAUCACUUGUCAGUAUGAUGUUCUAAGAGAUGACGGACUCAUGUAUGUCAAGCGGCUUCAGAAUACUGGAGUUCAUGUGACUCAUCACCAUAUUGAAGAUGGAUUCCAUGGAGCACUUACCUUACCUGGUUUGAAAAUUACAUACAGGAUGCAAAAUCAGUACUUGAGUUGGCUUCACAAAAAUCUGUAGCAAAAUCUAAAAAAUAGUUUAUUGAAGAUAUAUAAACAUAAACAACAAAAUAAGAAAUAAACUAGUAAACAUGGUUUUGAGGUUUCACAUAAA